AUGUCCAAUGCCGCUUUCUUUUAUGGAACACUAAUCUCUCCUGAUGUUCAAUGCCGAGUACUCUGUGGAUCAUCCAACAAGACACCAGCAUCGAUUCUCAAACUAUCCUCGCUUCGUAUGCGACCUGCUAUACUCAAAGGACACAAGCGUUACGCCCUUAAGGAUCGACCGUAUCCAGGCAUUGUUGCUACCGGAAACGAUCAAGAUAGCGUGCGUGGUAUUGUGUGUGAAGGCCUUUCUCCAGCAGAUGUGAAACGGUUGGAUCUGUACGAGGGCGAUGAAUACAAGCGUGACCAAGUACAAGUGGUUCCUAUCGAUGAUAAGGAUGAUGGUUCAGUAUCAUGCCAAGCAUACAUUUGGAUCGAAGGGAAUGAUCAGCUCGAGAAUUACGAUUGGGAUGAAGACCAUUUUCUCAAGGUGAAGGCAGCUUCCUGGUUGGCGGAUGAUGAGGAAUUUAGUGAAGUAGAUAAGCUUGAUAUCCCACAGCAGCAGCAGCAGCAGCAGACAUGA